UCAUUUUUGUUGUGAAAGUGGAUACUUGCUUUAAACAUAAAAUUUUGUUUCUUUUCUUGUCUUCUCUCUCAAUAGUUAUAAGAAAUAGGAUUAUUAGUAGCAGGAUAUAGUAUUUGUGUAUCAACUCUGAAAGUUACAUUACAUUUACAUACUUUAACAUAAAAUAAAUGGAGGCAAUGGAAUUUGUUGAACCAACUCCAGAAGUCUUGCAAAGGAAACUGUACUUUUUAUUAGAACAAUUACAGGAUAUGGCCAGAGAGCUCCCACCAAAGUACCAGAUGCGAGUACCCAUUGAGUUACUCUCAGGGCUAGCUAAUUGCCUUCUGAAUGACACGGUUUUUGAAAUAGUCAAAGGCUUAAUGGAAAUACAACAUGUAACUGAAAAACAUUUGUUUCAGCAAAGGUUGCAAAUAAUAAGCAGGCAUACAUUGGAAAUUCAAAAUAUGGUCAAUAGUACUCCUAACCAGGAAGAAUUAGAAUUGCAGAAGGCAAUCUUGCUAACAAAACACAAAGAAGAAAUCAAACAAACAGACAUGAAACUUGUCAUGCAGUUAGAUCAAAAAGUGAGUGACCAACAAGUGACACUAGAAAAAGCUGGAGUGCCAGGGUUUUUUGUAACAAAUAAACCUAUUGAAGUGAAAGUGCAAAUGUAUCUCCUAGAUUUCAUAUUAAGGCUAAGCAAGAUGGACAUUCCUUGACAACUGUACAGUAUAUACCUACACAUAAAUUUAAUUGUAUCCCAAAUCGAGUUAAUUGAAGUUAAGGAAAUUGAUUCUUUGCCAUUCCAGUGUGAGCCGACCCUUACACACUAUAUACAAUUGCUAUCACAAAUAUUGGAGUGAAGAUACACUUAACACCUUGAAAAUAGAGGUGUAUUCAAAUAUUUUCUAGCACCUUGGCUGCUCCAAUAUUUGUAAAUGUACAGCCAAAUAACUUGGACCUUAUAAUGUCCUCAGAUACAACAUCAUAAAAAUCUUACCUUUAUGCUGACUCUUACUGACUUCUGCAACAAGCUGAAAUGGUAAGGUAUAUUCAGUAAUUUGUAAAUUAAGUCUUAACUAAGCAAUAAAAUAUGGUUAUAUAUUCACAACUUUUGUGCACUUUUUAUUUACGAACUUAUCAAUAUGACAAAAGUUUGAUUUUUCGGGUACGGGAAUUUAAAAAAACUACUGUGCAAGAUUGUAACCAUAUAAUAAAAACAAUAAAUAAACACAAUAAUGAUACAAAUAAUCUAUCACAAAUCUUGUGCUUUUUACGGUAAUGAUUACAAAAAUAGGUAUAGGUAGGUAAGUACCUAAAUUUUUAUUUCAAAAUUUUUCGCUUUAUUUAUGCCAAAACUAUCUUACUUAAUAACGUUAGGUAGAGAUUAGAAAAUAUUUGCGCACUGAUUUGUAAACCAUCUUCAGAAAACAAACAUUGGCAUAGUUACCACUAGGUAUAACUCCAAAUCCAACCAUUAAAAUUGGUUUGGUCAACUUUCUAAAAUACUGUUGGCUUUUGACCAAAUAUAUUCCUAAAAUUGUUGAAUA